CCAAGGACACCCUCAGUGUUUUAUCUUUGUAUUACUCAAUCAAGUGGGUCGCUUGUGGAUGGUGCGUCCAGAAAGGCGUCAUGUCGAACACGUCCAGCCUCGCGCAAGCCGCGCACCAUGGUGCCGCUCAGAGCGAACACUACCAGCUUCCUUUGCCACCCCCGCCUCCGCAUGGUGCAGGUGGUGUACAGGGCCAGCCGGGCAUUCCAAUGAGUGGGCUAGCACCACCGGCUCCGUACGACCCAUCACUGAAUCUGCAUCAACAACAACAGCCCCAUCGCCUCCAGCAGCAGCAACAUCAACACCAGCAUCCACAAGUGCAGCAACAGCAACAGCAACAGCAGCAGUACCCACCUUUCCAGCCGCAUGCACCUGCGCACCUCAACAUAAAUGCUGGGAACACCUUUGCUGGCCAGCCCACUCCGUCUCAACCGGAUUCCGCCUUGCUGCAGCUCUAUAAUGCCAGCCAUCAAAUGCCAGCCCAACCGGUUGGACAGCACCAUCCCCAACAUCAGCAAGAGCACCGUCAAUACCAAAUUCAGAACCAACAGCAUCAGUUUCAGGAACAGGAUUCCCAACAGUACAUGCCGCAACAUCAGCCGAUUCAGCAUGCCUAUCAGCUCCUCCCGAUCGACCCACAGCAGCAUCAAGGAAGUUCGGAAGCAGCGCCUGCCUCCCCGCUAAAAGAUGUAGAAAAGGGGGUCGGCAUCGUGCGAACAUUUGUCUGCGAAUUCUGUCAAAAAGCAUACACUGGCCUUCACUCGCGCUCAAUCUUUCGUCGGCAUCUCUCCGUCAAGCACGGCAUCCCGCUCAACUCACAGCCGAAAUCGACGCGUUGGGAUGCGGAUCCGUUACGACCAAAGGAUGACCAAGAGAGACGCGAGCGCAUGCUAGAGAGCAAGCGCAAUUGGGCAAAAAAACAUCGUGCACAGCUUCGGGAGACAAAACAACAAGAAGUCACCGACGGCCCGUUCAAACCGGGAAGGAGGAAAAGGAAAGCGGCAACGCAAAGCGAAAGUGGGGCAGGCAAUAGCAGCUCCCGAAUGGGAGACAACAACAAGAAGCGACGCAGUGGCAAUCAAGAUGAUGACCAGUCUUCCGACAUCUCCGAGGCCGAGCUUGGCGGGCCCGACGGUGCGCCGGAUAGCCUAACCGCUCAGGAUGCCGCAGAAAGAAGGCAGGCGGCUGCGGCGGCUGCUGCCGUCGCUGCCGUUGCCGCCGCAGCCCGCGUGCCGUCGCCUGUACCUCCUACUCCGGCGCCUAUAUCAUCUACGGACCCAGCGUUAGAGGCAGCAGAGGCGCUCGCUUCGGCAGCUGCGUCGGCCAGGGGACCGUCGCCGCUGACUCCACACAGUAUGCACGCUCCCGCAGUUACAGACUGGGUUCCAACUCGCACCGGAGCUGAAUCUGAAGGAGCUUCUGUGCCAGCGCCCAAGCGGAGAGGCCGGCCGAGCAGGGCGAGCGCCGCCGGCCAUACCACGGCCGCACCAAUCGAGUCGACCGCCGGCGACAGCAUGGACACUUGCAUCAUGUAUGCAACAGCGCCCGAAAACGCUGGUGCUAGUGCUGCUGCAGACGCUCUGGCAGCUGCUGCCGCGGCGGCAGCGGCAGCGGUGUCUCCAUCUGCGCUGCCGGCAUCAUCGACGCCGACGAACAUCCACUGCAGCCUUUGCGACAAGGUGUACAAGGGCAAGCAAGCGCGCGUGAACUGGCGCAAGCACCUGAACGACAUGCAUGGCGUGCCGCUGUCUUGGCAGCCCAAGCGUGGCGGCGGCGGCGGUGCUGGUACAUGGCGGACGAGUCGAGGGGGAAACCCGGCGAACGGUGGACAGGAAGGAGCGGCUGGACUCGAGGACGCGAAUGCUGCGGGCCCGGCAGGGGAAGACGAAGAAGGUGCAGUGGAGCGGGAGAUCGGUCAGUAGUCUUACGACGAUUUUUUGUUUUUUUUUUGUUUUUCGAAGCAAGCGCCUGCUUGGUGAUUGCGUGCCUGGAUUACAAUUCAUCGCGCUUGCAUAGAGUCGGCACACCUUGCUGGCAGCUGUGUGCCCGCAGCGCAGCCAGGGCAUAUUCUCCUGCAUACGCGUAUGCCUGGUGAACCUAGCCGGGUCAGAUAUUUGCAUAGGUCAAAGGGUAAUAAGUAUAGUGGGGGAGGCAGACUGUAUGCGCUGGCCAACAAGGGCCCAGGGUGACAAGGUCGGGUGGGCAGGAGGUGCGAGACGGCAAGAGCUGCCCAUAUCGUGCGUUAAACGUGUGCAACAUUGCCAGGCAGAGCAGGUGUGCGAGUCUGCCAAACAUGGACGACUUGGGAUGGCAAUGUGCAGCUCGUCUCUCUCUUCUCUGU